AACAACUCAGGAAGCUCAUCCAGCAAACAUUUCAGCAAUAUGCAUUACUUAAAGAGGACGAGUGUAUGAUCAAGUUCUUCGAGACCUAUGGGGAAUUCUCCAACUUUGACGAGGAAAUAUUUCCUUGUGAGCUAGUGCAAGGUUGGAGUUUAGCUGUGGAUUUAGUCAUUGGUCCCAAAGGCAUUCGGCAGCGUACCAAAGCAGACUCCACUGCUGUUCGCCUUGCUGAAUUUAAACAGAUCCGGAGUAUCAAGUAUAACACACAGAGUGAUGGCAGAACAUUAUUACUUAUCGAAAUUGAGGGUGCCAAACAGCCCCUUUCCAUCAGUGUGGCUUCUUUGGCCAUUGCGGAGAACAUGGCUGAUCUGAUCGAUGGCUACUGUCGGUUGCUUAACCACACAGACUCAUCUUUGAUUGUUGGUCCAAAUAAGAGCAAAUCUCCUAAAGGUGUACAGUUGCGCAACUCUCUUCCUGAAAUUCCCUCUGGGAAGAAGACAGAAAGCUUCAGAUACAGCAACUCUGAUAUAUACUGUGAGAUCCCAGAUGAAAAGCCGCCACCACCUGCAAAGGUUGGACUUUCCAGAAAAGAUAUUAUCCUGAAACGUAUGCUGGGUGAAGGCUUCUUUGGGGAGGUUCAUGAAGGAGUUUACCAGAAAAAGAAUGGGGAGAAGGUUAGUGUUGCGGUGAAGACCUGUAAGGAAUGUGCGCCUGAUGUCAGAGAGAAGUUCAUGGGUGAAGCUGUCAUCAUGAAGAACCUGGACCAUCCACACAUAGUGCGACUGAUUGGGGUGAUUGAGGAAGACCCUGUGUGGAUUGUCAUGGAGCUGUGUCAGCACGGGGAGCUGGGGAAGUACUUGACAAAAAAUCAGCCGAGUUUGACCAGCGUAACUCUGGUUCUCUUCAGCCUACAGAUCUGCAAAGCUCUUGUUUACCUGCAGGGAAUGAACAUGGUCCACAGAGACAUAGCUGUACGAAAUGUGCUUGUUGCCACACCUGAGUCGGUGAAGCUGGGUGACUUUGGCCUUUCCAGAUACAUAGAGGAAGAAGAAUAUUACAAAGCAUCUGUUACUCGUUUACCGAUCAAAUGGAUGGCUCCUGAAUCUAUUAACUUCAGACGCUUCACUGCAGCCAGUGAUGUGUGGAUGUUCGCUGUGUGCGUGUGGGAGAUUAUGAGCCGAGGUAAACAGCCGUUCCACUGGCUGGACAACCGUGAUGUGAUUAACCAGCUGGAACAGGGCAACAGGCUGCCCAAACCUGAGCAGUGCCCUCCUGCCCUGUACUCUCUCAUGACCCGCUGCUGGAGCUACGACCCCCGCGAUAGACCCACCUUCACCGAGCUAGCCUGCAACAUCAGUGAUGUCCACCAAAUGGAGAAGGAGUUAGAGGUGGAGAGAGAGAGAGACAAAGCCCGUAGCACCCGGAUCCUGGAGCCCAAGCUUACCAUUAGUGAACCUCCACCAAAACCUUCCAGAGUCAAUACUAGCCGCUUCGGAAAUACCCUUGGUGUCGGGCUACAUCUUCAGCUUAAUGAGGCAUUAUGUGCCAGUUCACCAGACCUGGCCAGCCCGUGUGAUUACCAGUCACCUGUGGACUCAACUAACAUCCUCUCCGUGACCACAUCCCCACCCCGUCGCCGCAGUCUUGGGGAGGGUGAGUUUAGUUUCAGGCCGACCAGUAAGGAAGAUGCUCAGCAGCUGUGGCAGGAAGAGAAGGAGCGUAUGCAGGAUACUUUGAUGAUGCAGAAAGAACAGAUGGAGGAGGACACAAAAUGGUUAAAGAAGGAGGAGAAGCUUCUGGACCCAAAGGUUCAUGAAGACACAACUAUUGAGACACCUGAACUGCCAAUUAGUUAUGCUGAGCUCCGUCUACCUCCUUCAAAACCACCCAGAACUACAGUCCAGCCUACACCUACAGCCGAGCUGGACCGCUCAGAGGACAGUGUGUACCAAUGUGUCAUGGAUGUAGUGAAAGUGGUAGUGCAGCUGAAAAACGACAUCAACACACUGCCGUCUACUGAUUACAUUUCUCCAGUCAAGGCUGUUGGACUGUCGUUAAGAAAUCUGAUCAACAGCGUGGAUGAUGUACUACCAACUCUGCACGUUUCCUGUAAAACAGAGAUCGAAGGCACUCAGAAGUUGUUGAAUAAGGACUUGGCUGAGCUCAUCAGUAAGAUGCGUCUGGCCCAGCAGAAUGCCAUCACCUCUCUGAAGGAAGAGUGCAAGAAACAGAUGCUGGCAGCGGCCCACACUUUGGCCAUGGAUGCCAAGAACCUGUUAGAUGCUGUAGACCAGGCCCGAGUGCGCUCAAACUUGGCCAAACCCAGACCUGAGGACCCAAAUUCACCGACUGACUAGAAGAGGAGCUUGAGACAUGCUGACUCACAGCUUGAGUACAAAACAGAUUGAUUCAUCUGUAUAAGACCGCAGUGCAGUAAUAGGGCAAAAACAACACUAGAGUGGUACAUGAAACAGCCAAUAGAAAUUCAGGCAACUGUUGUACUGAUGUCAUAUCAUGUUAAGUGUUUCAUGUAAACAUUUAUGAUUGAGAAAACCAGGCAAGCCAGAGGGGUAUUCCAGAAACCAGUGUUAACUUACGGUCACAUAUACCCAGAACUAGUUGAUUAACCCAAAGAAAUAUGUUACAAAAAUGCAUCUAUCUUUUAAUAUUUAGUCAGCAUUUCUAAUUCUGUGAAAAAUAAAAAUACAAAAAUUGGUGUAUGUAAGAUUCAAUGAACAAAAACAAAACUGUGCUUGCCGUUUCCUUCAGCAUUUGUUGUAAUGUUUGGUAUUUUUAUAAUAAAAAUACAUUGUAAAAAUGUUCUGUAGAAAAAAAAACAUGUUGAAUGCAUAUUCACAUUGUGUGUGAUGGGAAUACAUUUGAGUAAAAUAAAAUAAACGUUGAUUUAUGUUUUAAUAGUUCUUUUUUUUUAUCACUGGAGCCUCAUCAAUAGUGAACCUAAGUGCUGAAUACCUCUGAAAUUAAAAUAUUAUAUUAUAAGCUCCACAGAAGAUUAUGUUCAGAGAAUUUGUUGUUAUACAGUAACUAGCUACUUAACCUGAAAGCUACCUAGUUUUGGAACGUAAAGUUAAGGUUAUGCAUGUACUUAUCCAUAAACUAUACUUAACCUACUUUCUGGAAUUCCCCCAAAGCAUUUUUGUUUACUUUGAUUCUAGAUUUUCUUUUGAGAAAAGUCUUGUACAAAUGGUAAUAACAUUCAUCUGGACAUCUCAUCUUAUUAAAUGUGUUUAUAUCGACCAAAGCAAUGUAAGGGAUUCACAUAAUGCACAAAUAUGCUUUUUUUUGUUGCUUGCAAACAACAAUAAAAGUUGUUGACACUUGUAAACUUCCAAAUACACUGCAGAACAAGUGAGACAUAAGAUAACGGAUAUAAGUCUUUAUUAAAGGUAAAACUUCCUCCAAAAUGAAUAUUCUGUCAUCAUUUAGUCUCCCUCAUGCAAUUACAUUCAUGUAUGAAUGAUUUUAUU